AAGUCGUUUUUACACAAAGCAAAAACUAACUAGUAAACGCCAUAUUGAUUUUUAGACGAAAAUUCUCAACCAGCCACAUUAGAUCGUGACAAAACCAGUCGCUGCUCUAAAAUAAGAAAUUUCUGAAUUUUUCUUUCAAGGAAAACAUUACAAAAAGGCGAUAAAAACAUGACUGUCAAAUUGGAAACUGCUCCCUUCGAUCCACGUUUCCCCAACCAAAACGUGACUCGUUACUGCUACCAAUCCUACGUGGAUUUCCAUCGCUGCCAGAAGAAGCGUGGUGAGAGCUAUGAACCCUGCCAAUACUUCAAGAGGACCUUCCAAUCUAUGUGCCCCAACGCCUGGGUUGAAAAGUGGAACGAUCAACGCGAAAGUGGCACUUUCCCCGGCAGAAUCUAAAUUCAUUAAUAAUUUUUAAAUUUAUUUAAUAAAUUAUAAUUUAAAUUGUGUUGCUAACCAACAUCUUUUCAACAAAAUUUAAAGUAAUAAUAAUAAUGAAUUGAAAAUUUUACCAAAAAUAAACAUAAAUGUAUUUAAAUUAGUGUUUUAAAUAAAAAAAGGAUAUAAACCGAUAAAAGAUUGUUGUUGUUACAACUAAUAAUUGCCUGCCUCUUAUAAAAUGGCUAUAAAAUAUCCUAGUGAUCAAUAAUAAACAAAUGAUGAUUUAAAAAAUCUA